ACAUAAAGUGAUGUGAUGUUUUCAUUUUUACGUCCUCUGUCCUUUACCCCUCACUCUUCUUUCCGCUACCUGUCUUUUUACUGAGAAGUGUUGACCACAUGACCGCAGUUUCAUUGCAUGCUGGGUAGUUUCAGGUUAUGGUCUUUAUUUUGUCAUGGAACCUGCAACCCAUGCUCACACAUGCACACACACACACACACACACACACACACACACACACACACACACACAAACACACACACACAACUAGCAGCAUAAUAAAAGUGAGGGACUGUGAGUGAAGUGGACAGAAAGAAGACAGACACCUUCAAGACAACAAGAUAGACAAGCAGGUCAGAUAGACAACAAUCAAGAUGAUGAUGAUGAUGAUGAAGAACCCCAUCAUUCUGGUGACCUGUAUCUUGCUUUUCACGUCUCUCACCGUCAUGGCAUCUCCAACCAGCUUUGGUCCAAAUGAGUGCUGUUUUGAGUUUUUCUCCAGAAGGUUGCCUAAGAACAGGGUGGUGAGGUACAAACACACAGACAAGCAGUGUCCAAAGACAGCUGUGAUUUUUACGAUGAUGAAUGGUGCUGAACUCUGUACCAACCCGUCUGAGCCGUGGGUCCAGAACAUCAUCGUCGCCAAAGAAAAAGCUCUGGGUGUACAAUCUAACUGACCCAACGUGUGUUUUAACACCACACUUUAAAGCUUGCUGAGCCAAGCAGAAGUGGUGGUGUAGUGGUAACCUGUGAUAUAUUUUAUACAGAAUAUUUUUCUAUUAGCUUAAAAAUAAAUGCAAAAUAACUUUUUUUAUUAUCUGUUCUUUUUCCUGUUUUAAUGUGGUUUCAAGUGAUGUAUUGAAAGAUUAGAUAUAAGCUAUUUUCCAAUAAAUCACGUGCUUAAAAUGUUUUCUGAUAUAUUAUUAAAAAAUCAUAUAUGAUA